UUUACAACACGUUGAAUUAACUAUAUCAUAAUUAGUUGGUUUAAAUUUAAUCAUGUACGCAGAAAUUGACGUUUUUAUCAGUAAUUAUACCCUAGUUGAUCCCGAAAUAUAUCAAUUGUGGAUUGAGGGUUACUCAUCAUCUGAAGCAGUUUCCAUUUUAAAACAAAAUGGGGUUAUUCAACAAAUUGGGGUUCCACUAGACCUAAUAGCUUCGGAUGUCCUGGACCAUUACAGGACAUAUUCAUUACUUGAAAGACUAUUGGGAAAUCCACCAAAAUUAUCAGAGCAGCCUGCAUUUCAGUUAGAACCACAAACACGAACACUUUUAAUCGAAAAGUAUUAUUCUUUAGAUGAUAUUGUUGUGAGAGAGCUUCUAGGUAAGAAAUUAUCAUCAAGGCAUAGGAAGGAUUUAGACGAAGUUGCCGAUAAAACCGGUGUCAAAUUAAAAUCAUGCAGAAGACAAUUUGAUAAUAUCAAACGGAUUUUUAAAACGGUUGAAGAACUGCCUGGAAAUAUAUGGAAAAAUGUCAAAAUACAUUUUUUAGUUCCUGAAAAUAUAGCUAGGAAAUAUGGAGCUAUAGUAUUCAUAUCAUGUUUGCGUUUUGAAACAUCCAAAAGAAGAUUACAAUAUUUGACAUUUUCUGAUUUAUUGCAUUGUGCUGAGUCUAUUAUGUCGAACUGGACAUACACACAAACUGGCUCAGACUAUUUUGAUACUGAAAUGGAUCGAGAAUUUUUAUUAGAUUUAAGAGAAAUAAGAGUUCUAUCAGAUAAAGAAAAAGAAUUGAAGCACCUUAUUUGCAUUCGGUUGAAAUCUGGUUUCUUAGAACGAUCUUAUCAAGAAUUAGAGAGUAACUUCAGAUCAUAUUCUCGAUCCAUAAUAUCAAUAGGCUGCAGCUUACAUAGAACUAGAGAAUUGAGAUGUUUAUUUAAUGAAUUGUCAGAAAAAUUAAUUGAACCUUGGAGAAAUGCAGGUUGGACAGAUAAUGAGGUGAAACUAUUUCUGCCAACAUAUGCACAAAGUGCUUUAGAUAUGGAUGUGCUAAAGGAUGCUGAUUUAAAAGCAGCUUGGGAUAGGUACAUGAAAGUUAUAAGCAGUUGUCUCAUAAAAAUAUAUCAUGUAUAGAAUGCAGUGAUUUGCAAAAAUUU